CUCGCAUCCUUAUAGAUGAUGGGCAUGAGCAGUGACGACGACAAAGGCAAGGGCAAAGCCGAAGUCAAUCACACAGAUGAGGAGCCACGCGACAAAGUACAGCUACCCUGGGUGGAGAAAUACAGACCCAAAUGUAUGGAUGAUUUGGUUUCACACACAGAUAUAAUAAGUACUAUACAGACAUUUAUCAAGGAGGAUAGAGUGCCACACAUGCUGUUCUAUGGUCCCCCAGGUACUGGAAAGACGUCGACUAUAUUGGCUGUAGCCCAGCAAAUAUACGGGCCCAAGUAUAAGAAUAUGAUCCUGGAAUUGAAUGCCAGUGACGACCGUGGUAUUGAUGUGGUCAGGGAGAAGAUUAAGUCCUUUGCGAGCACGAGGACUAUUUUUAGUUCAGGCUACAAAUUGAUUAUACUGGAUGAAGCCGAUGCGAUGACGAAUGCAGCACAGGCUGCUCUCAGACGAGUCAUUGAGAAAUACACAAAGAAUGUUAGAUUCUGCCUCAUAUGCAACUAUGUAUCCAAGAUCAUCCCGGCGGUACAAUCUCGUUGUACAAGUUUCCGGUUCGCACCACUGGCCGUAGAACAGAUGGAGGAUCGAUUACAGCACGUAGUCGCCUCUGAAAAGGUAAAUAUCACACCAGACGGUCACAAGGCGUUGCUGAACUUAGCAAAUGGAGAUAUGAGGAAGGUUCUUAACGUUUUGCAGGCCGCCGCUAUGUCGCACGAUGUGGUCGAUGGAGAUGCCGUGUAUCUCACCACAGGUCAACCACUACCAUCUGACAUCACCAAUAUCAUGAACUGGCUAUUGACCGACGACUACCGCUCAGCUUACAAUCAAAUCAAAACGCUCAAAGACCUGAAGGGCCUGGCACUCACAGAUAUCAUACGUGAGGUGCACACGUUCACGCUUAAUUUGGAAUUGCCUGUGGAAUCGAAGGCGUACGUUAUGGAUGAGCUGGCCCUCUUAGAAUAUAGACUGGCGUCAGGAACGUCGGAGCACAUCCAGUUAGGCGGUAUGGUAGGCAUGUUUGGUACCGUUCGUGACCAAAUUGCAGCAAAUUCAGGGUAAGUUCAAAUUAAAGAGCAAUCAUCAGCAACCCGGUAGCAUUUGACAAGCACCCCAUGUCAUCCGAGUUCAGACUUACGUAGCCUUGGAACGUAACGGAUAUCGAGAUGAAACGGACAAAAUGUACCAUUGAUAUUACUUUUGGAGUGAAACUGAUAAAAUAAUCUCGUACUAUAAAUAAAAGGGCAGGUCUAAAUGUGCUAGCCAAAAUUCUUG